AAAUCAGCUAAGAUGGGUGCAGGACUGUGAAAUGCAGCUGUUUAUCCAAUCAACCCAGUAUCUGAACAGCUGUGAACUUUCUUUGAACCUUGCGCCUGUCCCUUUCCCAAAAACCUAAAUAAUUAGCCUGUUCAGGAGACUGACUUCCUCGCACCGAAGACCAUCACGCCAACAUCCCCCCCCCAUCUCCGCCUUGCUGGACUGAAAAUGUCUUCAGCAUUGAGCAAGCGCCAGCAGGCUCGUCAUGAGAGAACCCUACAGGAACUCAUAAGAAGUGUCCCCGGAAAUGACCGCUGCGCAGACUGUGAGGCGCGUAAUCCUGCAUGGGCAAGCUGGAACCUUGGGAUCUUCCUAUGUAUGCGCUGUGCAGGCCUUCAUCGCAAGCUCGGAACCCAUAUUUCCAAAGUGAAAUCAUUAAGCAUGGAUACCUGGUCUCAAGAUCAAGUGGAUAAUAUGAAAAGAAAUGGCAACGCGGUAGUGAACAAGGUGUACAAUCCAAAACAUAUCAAGCCGCCGAUACCGAUAGAUGCCGACGAGGUUGAUCCGGCAAUGGAGCGUUUCAUUCGCAAGAAAUACGAAUCCAAGGUCCUCGAGGACGGAAAGCCCAAGAUCCCCAGCCGGGAGGAUCCGAGCUAUGUUACGAAGCACGUCGAAGACUCUCCUCCACCGCUGCCUCCGAAGCCAAGCAAAAGGUUUGGGUUUGGCUUCCGAUCGUCCUCCUCACACUCUGGAUCCAAUAAGUCGUCUCCCCGCCGUGAAUCUUUCGGCUCCAUCUCUCAAAAUUCGACGCUACACAGCAACAAGCCAUCCCGUUCGCUGGGAUUCAGUUUCAACGAUCCAAGUGGCUCUCUUGAAUCCAAACUAGCUGUGUUACGAAAUAUGGGGUUCCCUGAUGAUAAGCGGAAUGCAACGAUUCUCAAAGGUUUAAAUGGCGACGUUGAAAAGACGAUCGAUGCAUUAGUGAGACUGGGGGAAGGAAAUGGAUCUACUUCCCGAUCCCAUACACCGGUCUUGAAAACGCCCACAAGCGCCAAGUUUUCCGAUUCAUAUGACCCAGCCGGCUCGAGCAAUCCAUUUGAUAAAAUGGGGUCUUCAUCAUCGCGAAGCUCUGCUGGAAUAUCGAUUAAUCGUCGAGAAUCGCAUAGCACAACGAGCAGUUCUGAUGAAGCGGCCGCAAGAAAGCUCGCUUCUUAUAAUCCCUUCGGUGUUCCUCCAUCGCAACAAACUCCAACACAAACGCUCGAGCAGUCCUUCCAAAAUCUACAAGUGUCUCAGCCUUUGUUUCCAAACAUGACUGGGGGGUAUCCCAGCCAGCAGGGUCAAGCUACCUACCGGCACUAUCAGCAGUCUAUGACGCCUCCGGUUACGAUGGCAUCUCAGAGCGGCUUUGCUGUAUCUCCCGGUAGCUUAAACGGCAGUUACAAUCCAUUUUUCCAAAGUUCUUCAGCCGUUGACGGUGUAGCUGGUGCUGUUUAUCCGUCUCAAUCACAGAAUCUAUCCCCAACGAAUCCAUUCUUUUCCCAAGCAGCACCCCCAAACAACUUCCAACUUCAGCUUCCCGAUCUACGACAGCCUGCACAAACCAGCAGUACAUCUGAAGUAUUUCAGCUCCAGCAUGCUAAUACUAUGCCAAUGAUGUCCACCUCUUCCUUUGAUAACCCCCCGCAACAUCAACAACCGCCACCGUUUCCCCAAAGUGCUCCAAUCACACCAGUACAUUCGACAAAUAUGCCAUUCUUCCAGAAUCCAUACGCCCAGCAACAACAGCAAUACUUUCAACCACAACAACCUAACCGGAUGGAUAAGUCCAGCAUCCUCGCUCUCUAUAACUUUUCCAAACCUCCUCCAACUAUUCCUGAACAACCCCAACCGCAAUCUCAACCUGAUACUGUCGUUCCCCAAACCCAGCAAUCAACAAAUCCCUUUCCCUUACCUUCAAGCAACCAAGCAAACUCGCCUCAGCCACCUCAGCCGUCUACUACCGGGAGUCGAAACCCUUUUUUCACCUCGUCAAACGCAAAUACAGGUUUAACAAACAAUCCACUCGGGAGCGAUGCCAAUUCUCAGCCUGCGAACCCAACUUAUAUCCGAACGCAUAUGAGCCAGGAGAGUAUGGACAUCGGCCGGGCACAGAGUGGACGACAUAGUCCUGAUGUGUUCGCUAGUUUAAGUGCUAGAUACGGGUAA